AUGUUCUCUGAAACUAAAACCAAGUUCCUACACGAACUCACUGUUGGCGACAACACGGGAGUCCUCAAGCUCCGCCUCAUCCACUCAUGGAAGUCUACUAAUCCAGCAAAUCCUGGAUAUGUGUACGAUUACAGUACCCUAUGGGUUGAUGAAACGGGGAUGCUCAUCCAUGGUCUUAGUGAUCGGAAUUUUGCUGGCCACCUGGAGUCCAAACUCAGUACUGGUUCUGUAUAUUGUAUAAAGGAAUUUAUAACAAGGCCAGCCAAAGAACUCUACAGACCAUGCAUGAACAACAUAUGUAUCUCCAUUGUCCCAGCAACAGACUUUGAAGAUGUUACUGCCUUUGCUACAGAUUUUGUCUCAGACAGCUUCGACUUCUGCCAAUUCGAGUCUUUGCGAAAUCGUGCAGGAAUAAAUACAAUAUUGACAGGUAGGAUGUACUGUGCUUAUGCUCUCUUAAACUAUGUGUGA